AUUAACUUUGAAGGUCUUGUUUUGAGAUUAGCAGUGGGGUAGAGCGCUGUAUUGGUAUCAAAAGUCUCUGAUCAACCAACUCAUUACCUGUAGGAUUUUGGAUAAGUCACAAAGUUUCUCUUCUUCUACCCCAAAUGAUAACAGGUAUUUGAAUAGCUUGCAGUUAUACUCAAUAUAAAGACAUAAAGUGAUUAGUAUUAAGAGCAAACAUUCUUGAUAAUUGUGUAGAAGUACAAAAGAGGCUACAUUGAACACAUAUUUGCAUUGUUUUAUUUCUCUACCAACAACCUUGCAAUGGCUUCCUUUUGUUCUCAGAAUAAAAUGCAAGCACCCAUUAUUUGGCCUUGGUUUACCUUUUCAGCCUUCCUUUCCACUUACUCUUGAGACAUUAAGUUUUGUAUUCACUGUCCUUCAUUCAUUAUCUCUUAAUAGCUAUGCUUCACUCUCUCAGGGCCUUCACACAUUCUACAGUCUUAGCUUGGCACACUUCUCCUAUUUCAUGUUUCAGAUUAAAUGGUGCACCUUGGGGGAAACUUUCUUAAUCACUCUCCAUUAACGUAGGUCCCUGUAUUGCAUACUUUCAGUGCACUCAGUACCUUUUCUAUGUAGCACUUUUCACACUGUUUAAACAUCUGUUUAAAGACUGUACACCCACUAGAUGGAAAAUUGUUGUAAGAUAUACAGACAUUGUCUUGUUACCACCACUUGCCUAACUUCUACAAACUCAACAAUUAUCUGUGGAAACAAGCUAAUACAGAUGAAAUGAAUAAUUGCAAAUUUGCUCUGAAAUAAGAAGAGAAAGCACUUUAAGUGUUCCUUGAGCGUGAUAAUGUGGAAGAAAUUAGGCAUCUGUAGCCCUCCGGAUCCACCUCUGACAUUAUAUAUUUUCCUUUUUACCACCUUGCAGGAGGUGUCUUUUCCUUUUAUUUUUCUGGUAUAGGCAAUUCGGACUCAUUUCACAAAGUUUAGAAAAAAAAGAAAAACAAAUAGGAUAGCGAAGCAUGCUAUCAUCUAGAGGAAAAAUCUUUUGAAGUUUGUGUGUAAUUAUUACAGAAGGGGAAGGGUAAGCUAGUGUCUGUACACUUCCGUUAAAUCAUGUAAAUGAGGACUCUACCAGGAAGAAUCGCUGCUCUUAGAUAAGAGCGCAUUUUAUUUCCCUAGAUUGCAUUUAUUUAAUUCAUAUAACAUGAGAAACUCCUCCAGUAGCGUCAACCAGGGUUGAUAAGAAUAAACGAUAAAGCAAAACAAAAACACCUUCUCCAAGAUUUUGAAACUGCAAGCGAACGCAUGGUGGCGCUGUUGACUAAGAAGGCGAAUUAAACCACGGGCAUUGUGCAUGCUCGGUGACGCACGGAUCCAGUGUGGUAAACCAGGGGUUGUGAGCCCAGGCAGAUUUUUGAGUCAGCAAGUCUGAGCCUCUGGAAAGGCUUAUUGACUAGGCCGUCUGCAAAGGUUGUGGGACAAAAGACUGUUUCCCAGCGCUGUCUGAGGUUCAGCUUGGAGACAUUCCCUAGAAAAGCGUGACGGAAAGUGCAAUGGAGGCGGGAGGAGAGCGAUUUCUUAGACAAAGGCAAGUCCUGCUUCUCUUUGUUUUUCUGGGAGGGUCUCUGGCUGGGUCCGAGUCAAGACGCUAUUCUGUGGCUGAGGAAAAAGAGAAGGGCUUUUUAAUAGCCAACCUAGCAAAGGAUCUGGGGCUAAGGGUAGAGGAACUGGCCGCGAGGGGGGCCCAAGUUGUGUCCAAAGGGAACAAACAGCAUUUUCAGCUCAGUCAUCAGACAGGUGAUUUGCUUCUGAAUGAGAAAUUGGACCGGGAGGAGCUAUGCGGCCCCACAGAACCAUGCAUACUGCAUUUUCAGAUAUUACUGCAAAACCCUUUGCAGUUUGUUACAAACGAGCUCCAUAUCAUAGAUGUAAAUGACCAUUCUCCGGUAUUCUUUGAAAAUGAAAUGCAUCUGAAAAUCCUAGAAAGCACUCUACCAGGAGCAGUAAUUCCUUUGGGAAAUGCUGAGGACUUGGAUGUGGGAAGAAACAGCCUCCAAAACUACACUAUCACUCCGAAUUCCCACUUCCACGUACUCACUCGCAGUCGUAGGGACGGAAGGAAGUACCCGGAACUAGUACUGGAUAAAGCGCUGGAUCGUGAGGAGCAGCCGGAGCUCAGCUUAACGCUCACUGCGCUGGACGGCGGCGCUCCCCCUCGGUCUGGGACAGCCCAGAUAAACAUCCAGGUCUUAGAUAUAAACGACAAUGCACCAGAAUUUGCACAGCCGCUCUAUGAGGUUGCAGUUCUAGAGAAUACCCCCGUUAACUCUGUCAUUGUCACUGUCUCGGCUUCUGAUUUAGAUACAGGAAGUUUUGGGACAAUAUCAUACGCAUUUUUUCAUGCUUCUGAAGAAAUUCGCAAAACUUUUCAGCUAAAUCCAAUUACUGGUGAUAUGCAACUAGUCAAAUAUUUGAAUUUUGAAGCUAUUAAUAGUUAUGAAGUCGACAUCGAGGCCAAGGAUGGCGGAGGCCUAUCCGGAAAGUCUACAGUCAUAGUCCAGGUGGUUGAUGUCAACGACAACCCACCGGAACUGACCUUGUCUUCAGUAAACAGCCCUAUCCCUGAGAACUCAGCAGAGACUGUACUGGCUGUUUUCAGUGUUUCUGAUCUAGACUCUGGAGACAACGGAAGAGUGGUGUGUUCCAUUGAGAACAAUCUCCCCUUCAUCCUGAAACCAUCCGUAGAGAAUUUUUACACCCUCAUGUCAGAAGGCGCACUGGACAGAGAGACCAGAUCCGAGUACAACAUCACCAUCACCGUCACUGAUUUGGGGACACCCAGGCUGAAAACCAAGUACAACAUAACCGUGCUGGUCUCCGACGUCAAUGACAACGCCCCCGCCUUCACCCAAACCUCCUACACCCUGUUCGUCCGCGAGAACAACAGCCCCGCCCUGCACAUCGGCAGCGUCAGCGCCACAGACAGAGACUCAGGCACCAACGCCCUGGUCACCUACUCGCUGCUGCCACCCCAGGACCCGCACCUGCCCCUCGCCUCCCUGGUCUCCAUCAACGCAGAUAACGGCCACCUGUUUGCCCUCAGGUCGCUGGACUACGAGACCCUGCAGGAGUUCGAGUUCCGCGUGGGCGCCACAGACCGCGGCUCCCCGGCGCUAAGCAGCGAGGCGCUAGUCCGCGUGCUGGUGCUGGACGCCAACGACAACUCGCCCUUCGUGCUGUACCCGCUGCAGAACGGCUCCGUGCCCUGCACCGAGCUGGUGCCCCGGGCGGCCGAGCCGGGCUACCUGGUGACCAAGGUGGUGGCGGUGGACGGCGACUCGGGCCAGAACGCCUGGCUGUCGUACCAGCUGCUCAAGGCCACGGAGCCCGGGCUGUUCGGUGUGUGGGCGCACAAUGGCGAGGUGCGCACCUCCAGGCUGCUGAGCGAGCGCGACACGGCCAAGCACAGGCUAGUUGUGCUGGUCAAGGACAAUGGCGAGCCUCCGCGCUCAGCCACCGCCACGCUGCACUUGCUCCUGGUGGACGGCUUCUCCCAGCCCUACCUGCCGCUCCCGGAGGCGGCCCCGGCCCAGGCCCAGGCCGACUCACUCACCGUCUACCUGGUGGUGGCGUUGGCCUCGGUGUCGUCGCUGUUCCUCUUGUCGGUGCUCCUGUUCGUGGCGGUGCGGCUGUGCAGGAGGAGCAGGGCGGCCUCAGUGGGUCGCUGCUCGGUGCCCGAGGGCCCCUUUCCAGGGCAUCUGGUGGACGUGAGCGGCACCGAGACCCUGUCCCAGAGCUACCAGUACGAGGUGUGUCUGACUGGAGGCUCCGGGACAAAUGAGUUCAAGUUCCUGAAGCCAAUUAUCCCUAAUUUUGUUGCUCAGGGUGCAGAGAGGGUUAUCGAGGCAAAUCCCAGUUUCAGGAAGAGCUUUGAAUUCAGUUAAGUGUUAAUAAGGAUCUACUGAGGCUAGUCUCAUUUAAUUUGUGGAAAGUCCUUUUUCACUGCUUUGCCCAUUGGAGAAUUCUCUUUUGGUAUGGUUCAAGGCAAGUAGCAAGAGUAGAGCCAAAUUUCAAAUCCAGGGAUGGCUUAGGUUUCAUUAACAGAACUGGAAAAUAGUUGUUUGGCUCUGAAUGUUUUGUAUUUCAAUCAAGAAUCCUUAGUCGAUAGAACAUUUUGUUUAUAUAUUGAUUCUACUUUUUCCGUAGUUAAUCCAUGCAUACUCUCCUUUCAUCCUAGCUUGCCAACGCAGUCUUAAUUCGCCUUUUGUUUUUUCUAAUGGGAAGCAAAAAGGAAUUCAUUAUCUUUUAAUAGUGAUUUCAAAUAGCUUAUUGAAAUAACUCCUUUCAAUUUUUAUAUUAUAAAGCAAUGUAGAGAGAGUUCCAAACCACCAAUUUUAUAAUUUCCCUUGUUGAAUAUAUUCACAUAAUGUAUUGUAUAAUAUGCCCAAAGCAGCUUUGUCUAUGGUUAACAAAGUUUUGAGAAUAGACAAGAAUGUGUUUUCUUCAAUUUAUAGUAAUAUAUCAUCUUUUUAGGGAUGUAGUACUCAAAUGAAAGUAAUUUAGUUCAUUUUCUGUGUUGACAUUUGCAAUUAAUAUUUCAAUAUUUUAUGUGCUUAUAUUGGCCAAAAUAUGGACACAAAUAUAGACUAAUAGGGAUAAUUACCCUUUGAAGUUUAUCUAAAGUGUGUUCAUGAUGACUGAGGAAAAAAAAUUAAACCUAUGCCAUUU